AUGGUCCACCCUACAGCUCUUCGAAUGAUGCAAGCCACGCGGGCUGGCAUGUUCCGAGCAACCCAGCGAGCUCCAGCUCAACAGAAGGUCCUUGUCUUUCGCGAGAACCGAGUGCCCUACUACCAACGCCUGUUCCAGAACCAUGACGGCAAACGACAGUGGUGGAAGACGCAUCGGAGUCCAUAUAUCCUCUACCCGUACUACACCCUCUUACUCGGCAGCUUCGCCUUUUCGUUCGUGGGAAUGAUCCGCCUGUUGUUCGGUCACAAGACCAUCUGGUAA